AUGUCACAUAUCACUUUAACGCCUCUGACGCCGCCUAGAUCCAAUGCAAAGUCAAGUAGGACUAUGCUGACUCCGUUGUCAUCAACUACUCCAAUUCAACAACGAAAUGGUUUGAUAACUCCUUCAACUACAUCAAAGUCUAAAAAUCCAUUCUUGUCAACUAGUAGUAAUACUGUCAAUGCUAACACAACCUUUUCAACUACUCCGACUACUUUCAAAACGCCAAGUUCAAUACUGAAGAAGAAGUCAAAUAAUUUAACUAUUCCUAAAUCAUCUGUUAAGUUAUUACCCAUAACACCUGAAUUCACUCCUCAUAAAUCUCCAAACUCACGGAAAAGGAAAAUAAUGGGUAAUCUUAGUGAUUUCUUUACUAGUAAUCUGAAUGUAGAAUCAAAUAGAAAAGAAAAAUUAUCAUUUGGUUUAUUAUUGCCAGCUCCAUCUAAAGUUGGUUCAGGAAGACAAUAUGCUAGAAAUAUGUCACAUAAGGAUAAUAUAUUCUUAUCAUCUGGUGGAUAUGGAAAUGAAGUAGAAGAAGAAGAAGCAGAUGAAACUAUGAUUUAUCGUGAGGAAGAAGAGGAAGAGGAAGAUAUGAAUAUACCUCAAACUCCAGGAAUUCAAUUGAUAAAUGAUAGUCUAGUAAACCAUUGGCAUGGAAAAUCAUAUAAUAAUUAUUAUUCAUCUGAUGAAGAAGAUAAUGAAGAACUUCCAACACCUACAAAGCUUGAAAAUCCAUUCUUGUCAACUACAAACUCUACCCCAGUACAUAAAUCAACCAUGUCUUCAAACCCAUUUGAUGACAAUUCUAAAUCAGUCAAUUACGACACACAUAUGGAAUUGGUUAAUAACAAGACAGGGCAAAGAAGAAUUGUGAAAUUAACUGCAAAUCAAUCAAGAAUCAAACCAAAGAAAUUGGAUUUCUCCGGUAUAUAA